UUCGCUGGGUCCUAGAGCCCUCCUAUCUCUCAAAGGCCCCGCGGGGAGACGGGCCGGCCGCGAGAUGGGAGUGAACGCCGUGCACUGGUUCCGGAAGGGGCUCCGGCUCCACGACAACCCCGCGCUCAAAGAGUGCAUCGAGGGCGCCGACACCGUGCGCUGCGUCUACAUCCUGGACCCCUGGUUCGCGGGCUCUUCCAACGUGGGCAUCAACAGGUGGAGAUUUCUGCUACAGUGUCUUGAGGAUCUUGAUGCCAAUCUAAGAAAAUUAAAUUCUCGUUUGUUUGUCAUUCGUGGCCAGCCAGCAGAUGUGUUUCCUCGACUUUUCAAGGAAUGGAACAUUGCUAAGCUCUCUAUUGAAUAUGAUUCUGAGCCCUUUGGGAAGGAACGAGAUGCAGCCAUUAAGAAACUGGCCAGUGAGGCAGGGGUGGAGGUCAUCGUGCGGAUCUCACACACUCUGUAUGACCUCGACAAGAUCAUAGAAUUGAAUGGUGGACAGCCACCUCUGACAUAUAAAAGGUUCCAAACUCUCAUCAGCAAAAUGGAGCCGUUAGCGACGCCAGUGGAGACGAUAACACCUGAAGUGAUGCACAGAUGUGUUACUCCGCUCUCAGAUGAACAUGACGAAAAAUAUGGCGUGCCCUCAUUGGAAGAGCUAGGUUUUGAUACAGACGGCUUACCUUCUGCGGUGUGGCCUGGUGGGGAGACAGAAGCCCUCACACGCUUGGAGAGGCAUUUGGAAAGAAAAGCUUGGGUGGCAAACUUUGAAAGACCAAGGAUGAACGCCAACUCCCUCCUGGCGAGCCCUACCGGCCUCAGUCCUUACCUGCGCUUCGGCUGUUUGUCCUGCCGUCUCUUUUACUUCAAGCUGACGGACCUUUACAAGAAGGUAAAGAAGAACAGCUCGCCUCCCCUUUCUCUUUACGGGCAGCUCUUGUGGCGGGAAUUUUUCUACACAGCUGCUACAAACAACCCGCGCUUUGAUAAAAUGGAAGGGAACCCCAUCUGUGUUCAGAUUCCCUGGGACAGAAACCCUGAGGCGCUCGCCAAGUGGGCCGAAGGCAGGACGGGCUUCCCGUGGAUUGAUGCCAUCAUGACGCAGCUGCGUCAGGAGGGCUGGAUUCACCAUUUGGCCAGACACGCGGUGGCCUGCUUCCUGACCCGAGGGGACCUGUGGAUCAGCUGGGAGGAAGGCAUGAAGGUCUUUGAAGAGCUGCUGCUUGACGCCGACUGGAGCAUCAAUGCGGGGAGCUGGAUGUGGCUGUCCUGCAGUUCUUUUUUCCAGCAGUUCUUCCACUGCUAUUGUCCCGUCGGUUUUGGUAGGAGAACCGAUCCCAAUGGAGACUACAUCAGACGCUACCUGCCUGUGCUGAGAGGCUUCCCUGCAAAGUAUAUCUAUGAUCCCUGGAAUGCCCCGGAAGGUGUCCAGAAGGUGGCAAAGUGCCUAAUCGGCGUAAACUACCCUAAACCAAUGGUGAACCAUGCCGAGGCCAGCCGUCUGAACAUCGAGAGGAUGAAGCAGAUCUAUCAGCAGCUCUCGCGAUACCGAGGACUGGGCCUUCUUGCUUCUGUGCCCUCCAACCCGAAUGGAAACGGCGGCCUCAUGGGCUACGCACCCGGAGAAAACAUUCCUGCUUGUAGCAGCAGCGGCGGAGGAGCCCCAGUGGGUGCCAGCGAUGGGCAGAUCCUUCAGGCCUGUGCGCUCCCAGAGCCGCCGACAGGAGCCAGUGGCGGUCAGCAACCAGGUUACUCUCAGGGGAGUGGGAUUUCACAUUAUUCUCAUGAAGACAGUCAGCAGACUUACAUGUUAAAGCAAGGAAGGAGCUGCCUCGGUGGUGGGAAGCGGCAUAGGCCAGAGGAGGAGACCCAGAGCGUUGGCCCCAAAAUGCAGCGACAGAGCGUGAACUAGGCGUCUGUGCCCCGAAGAGCUCCGUCCCUUCUCCUGGUGUGAUAAGGGAAAAUGAAAGAGAGGCACAGACUCGUGACGUGAGCGGGCCUCCAAAAAUGGGCAGAGUCAAGAUUCAGUCGUCGACGUGGAGAUGAUACAGUCUGGUCUGUAGUGGACGAAUCAGUGAACUGGCAGGUCCUAAUUUUCUGGCGGAAAUAAACAUGUACAAAGAAUGACCGCACCAUCCCAUUUCCCUGACUAUGUGACUGUGUGAGAACAGGGCAGGGCUGCUCGCCGUAAGUGGCUGUCACAGGCUUCCUCCUGGAAGCGCUUCCCUUCACUUAGUUCUUUCCAGAUUCCUUCAUUUAUUCUGCCGCUUUAGAAGCAGAGAUCCUUUCAAGUUUGGGGCAGAGAAGGAGGGGGUGGUGCUGACCUUUCUCUGAAGGGGCCGGGGCGGUCACCCCCAUGUCCUGUCCCAAAGCCGCCUUCCCCAUGCCCUGUCUUCGCUGAGGCUCCGAGGGAACUUCGGGGGGCACGGCGAAGUCGGCUUCUUAUAACCGACAUGUAUUUAGUGACGUACGAUUGGGGUUAGCUUCCAAGGGGCACGGUGACUCCCUCACUUGACCUCGGUCUCUAAGACGAAAAGCCAUCUUUGCUUUCUCCUGGCCCCUGCGACGACGACUGACCGCUCGCCUCCUCAGUGGAUCUCAUCCCUUGUAUUUACUGUCCGGCGGUUCCUUGAGCCUGUCUGUUCUAGGUGAGCUUUCCACAUAGCCUCGUGUCCUUAUCCAGCUGGAUUUAGGGAAGGUGUGAUUGCCCAUGCGUCAGAGGAUCUGCGGGGCCUCGCCAGCAGAGUGCCCAGGUGAAUGAAUGGUGGAGGGGAGCGGGGAAAUAUGGGUAUCUUUGGUGGAUUUCUUGUAAUCAACACUUUUGCUUUGUGGUUUUCCCCCCUCCGUUCAGUAAGAAAUGCUAUUGCAGUUGAAAUUGGAGUCUAAAGUAAUACACUCUUUCAAUAAAUUAUUUCAAAAUGUUCUUUAUUGACGGAAACCAGUUACAUUUUUGAGAUGCAUUAUUUCUAAUGGCAUUUCUAUGGUUUUUAACUUUUUAUUGAAUUUCACAAAGGACAAAUGGUAAUUUGUAUAUAGAGUACUUGGUAACAAAUUUGUUUAAUGUAAAUAGAAAUAUUCAUGAUUAGUGCUAGACUUCUCAAUAUAUUUUUGAUAAUCUUUCAUGUAUGGAAAAAGUAAAAGUUGUAACUGAUGUAAAAUUGAGAGUUUCCAACAGACAUGAGGGAAACAUGGAGAUGUUCAGACUUUCUGAAAAGAUUUUGUUAACGUUUUGAGGCACAGUUUUCUCGACCUCACUGUAUGAUCCGACUUUGCAUACUUUGAUAAUAUCAAGUUUAGAAAAUGUAAGUAAUCAUAGUUGUUGGGGAGAGUGCUCCCAGAAAUAGCCGUGUGUAUUUGAAAGCUUCGUGGGCUCUGAUGUGUGUCCACACUUGUGCAGAGCAUCAUUUCCAUGUCCCUUUUCCUUAUAUCUCUAUUUUGGUUUACCACUCAAGUGGCCUUGUCAAUAAAGUGUAAAUACAGAGAC